UGUUAGCCGCUAACGAUUAGCUCACAGACGAGAAGAAGAAGAACGCCCAUUUUGCUCACACUGCCCGCAUCAAAGUGUGCUGAAAUAUCAACAGAGAGAAGAGGACAAAGAGCUGCAAUGGACGGUGAUGUUGCGGUUGGUGUGAAGAGAGGCUCAGAUGAGCUCAACAUGUACGGUAGCAGCCCCAACUCUAUGACCGCGAACGGCAGUGACAGUAAGAAACAGCGCCUGGAUGAAUCACCUCCCUCCAGAGUCCUCCACAUCAGAAAGCUUCCAAGUGAAGUAUCAGAGACUGAGGUCAUUGCUCUGGGACUGCCCUUCGGAAAGGUCACCAAUAUACUGAUGCUGAAGGGGAAAAACCAGGCAUUUCUGGAGUUGGGCACAGAGGAAGCAGCCAUUACUAUGGUCAAUUACUACACAGCUGUCACACCACAGGUCAGAAACACUCCUGUCUUCAUCCAGUAUUCAAACCAUAAGGAACUGAAAACAGACUCAGCUCUGAACCAGAGGGCGCAGGCUGUGCUGCAGGCAGUGUCGGCAGUUCAAGAUGGAAGCUCUCCGUCCUCUGACCCUGGAGUUUUGGACCUAGCUCCACCUCCCAGCCCUGUCCUGCGAAUUAUCAUUGACAAUAUGUUUUAUCCUGUGACACUGGAUGUUCUACAGCAGAUCUUCAGUAAGUUUGGGACCGUGAUGAAGAUCAUAACCUUCACCAAAAACAACCAAUUUCAGGCUCUUCUGCAGUUCAGUGACCCUGUCAAUGCACAGCAAGCUAAACUGUCUUUGGAUGGACAGAACAUCUAUAAUUCAUGCUGCACUCUGCGGAUAGACUUCAGUAAACUGGUCAACCUCAAUGUUAAAUACAACAAUGAUAAGAGUCGAGAUUACACCAGACCCGACCUUCCUACAGGAGACGGAGAGUCCACCAACAAGGAUCAUUCUUUAUUGGGUACCCCAUCUGGAGCGCUAGCUUCCUACUCUAGCGGAGGAGGUUACUCAUCUUCUCUUUCCCUCUCGCAGGGUGGAGGAGCCAUCAGUCCUCUGAGCGCUGCAGCAGCGGCGGCAGCAGCUGCAGGUCGUGUUGCUCUGUCGGGGUCCGGAGUGUCCGGUGUCCUGCUGGCAUCCAACCUAAAUGAAGAGAUGGUCACGCCUCAAAGUCUCUUUACCCUCUUCGGUGUCUACGGCGAUGUCCAGAGGGUGAAGAUCCUCUACAACAAAAAGGACAGCGCUCUGAUCCAGCUGUCUGAUGGCAACCAGGCUCAGCUCGCUAUGAGUCAUCUGAAUGGUCAAAAGGUGUUUGGUAAAGUGAUGAGAGUGACGCUGUCCAAGCAUCAGACUGUGGCUUUGCCCAGAGAAGGACUGGAUGACCAGCUACUAACUAAAGAUUUUUCUGGCUCACCGCUCCAUCGCUUUAAGAAGCCAGGAUCCAAAAACUUCCAGAACAUCUUUCCUCCCUCAGCAACGCUUCACCUCUCCAACAUCCGGGACGGAGUUGGGGAGGAAGAUCUACGUCUUUUGUUCUCUAACAGUGGAGGAACCGUCAAGGCCUUCAAGUUCUUCCAGGACCGUAAAAUGGCUUUGAUCCAGAUGUCAUCAGUAGAAGAAGCUAUUCAGGCUCUGAUGGAUCUUCACAACUAUGACAUGGGAGGGAAUCACCAUCUGAAAGUUUCCUUUUCCAAAUCUACCAUCUAACCGUCACACCAGCUCCUAAAUGUUAAGCUCUAUGGUGUGCAUAGAAGUCACUACCAUUUGUCCUUUUUUCAGUAUUUUCUGUGAAUAGUUUUCAGUUUAAGUACUGAGAAAACUCAAACUCCACAAGGUAAUUUUUUUUCUUGAGCAGUAGAAGCAGUAAUGACCUCAGUCCCAGUCCAAAGGCGGUUCUGCUUUGACCAGUUCAACAUCUAAAAGAGCCCCGAGGCGGCGCCUUGUUGUUUUAGUUUUCCUCCAGUGGUUCUCCGGGGUGUGUCGGUGCAUUGUGACGUUGCUGCUGGAUGUGGUUCCAGGUGAAAAAAAGACUCAAAACCUGCUCUGGUGUUAAGAUAUUCUUUAAAAGACUUGUAGUUCUUCAUUUUAACUGCUUGGAUUUUCAUUUGAGGUUUGAGUUUUUUAAAAUUUUUGUACGUUGUGUUGCUUCUUGAACCACUUACCCAGAAAUUCUUAUUUCUAACCUCGAGCUACCGUUGGUUAUAUAGUUAUUUUGUCACCACUUUGUAAUGACUCCUCUUUUCUUUUGCAUUAUGUGAAGAUUUAUUUUGGGCUGUUAAGUUCUUCACACACCUCCUUCGUGUUUGGUUCACUCCUUCACAUUUCACCCUGUUCAUUUGUUCAGUUUGCUGCAAUUUGAAAAAAACAAGAAGCUACAACCACUUAAAAUGUCCACUGCAAUGUAAAAAUGAGGAGCACCAGUUUAUUACUUUGCAGGUUUAUUUUUUUAUUAGCAACCUCCACGUAAACAACUUGCAGUUUUAAAAAUGUUGCUGCGCCACUCAGGGGGACUUUUGAUGUAGUUUAAACACCAGAUGUAACUAAACUGUGAUGUCCUCAAAGUGAAUAGAGAAAUGAAUCUUAGAGCAGUGUGUUGCAAUUUUACAAUUUUGAGAAGUUUCCUUCUUAACAGACGUACUUUUUUGCUGUUGUUCCCAUUACUGAACAAUCAUUUGGAAGCUUUUCCUACGCGAGGCCCGUUUAAUUAACAUCCCAUCAUGUGUAUUUGAUGUUAAAAGGCUUCGUGGGAAUGAGAAUCAUCAUUCGAGGCUCAUGAUGCUUGUUGAGGACUGUUGAAUAUCCUUGAAACGUCCUGUACAGCACAAAAUGGAAUGUAUCGACAUUAAUCCGUAAUAAUAAUAUUGAGGCUCCGAAGGUGGAGCUUUCCAUGAAGAAUAGAGCCAUCUGGAAUUUCCUGUUUAAAUCCCAUCCCGGUCGUUUGGACGCCAGCUGUGAGUGGGUGAACUCAUACACAGGAUGCAUGCUAAUGCUGUCUGUUUAAACAAGGUUUCAACAUGUGAUUCUGGUCCUGGUCUCUGAUUUUAAGGAGACCUGAUGGGACCAAAGUACAUGUGCCUUUAGUCUGUGAUCUGAUUUUACUGUUGAUUCCUUUGUGUCUUUAAACAGAUUCUUUUAUUGGUACUGUUUGCUGAUCUUGUGUUGUAAACCUGUAAAAAAAAAAAAUACAACAAAAAACAGAUUAUUUUGUUAAUUACUUUGAAAAAGAGGCGUUCGUCUGAUGCUCAGAACGCCGGGUCACUGUUUCAGCUGAGCUCAUCUCCAAAGUGGGGUUUUUAUUUUUCACUCAUUCUCUCAUUCUUACUGGCAAAGUUUUAUUUUUGGAUUUUUUCCCCCCCCCCUUAUAGAAGGAUUGCUGUAAAUUUUCUACUUGAGUUCAGUUUGUUUUGUGAUAAGGUUUCAGAUUAGCACAAAUUAAACACGUCUUUUCUACCAACGAGCCCAGGUUAAGCUGUGUGUGUUUGUAUGUGUUUGGACAAUUUCAGGCCUCUGCUCUCAUCUGUAUCUUACCUGUAAUAAACUUCUCUUUCUCUGUUCA